AGAUUACGAGACCAUGAAUGGGAUCCUACAUCGCCUGACAAAUUAUCGUGACGGAGAUGGCCGUGAGAUUUCUGGCAGCUUCCAACGUGUUGUCAGCAAGAGAGCACUGCCAGACUACUAUGAGAUCAUCAAGGAGCCUGUUGCGUUCAGCACUCUCAGAGCCAAAAUAUCCAAGAAACAAUACAACAAUUUUAAAGAGUACAUUCGAGACUUUGCUCUUAUCUGCCAUAAUGCCCAGGUCUAUAACCGACCCUCCGCUCUCGUCUACAACGACGCAGUGGCUCUCCGAAGCUUGUUCAAGGCUGAGCUGCAGAAAAUAGUGGACGACAUGACCAUUACUGCUGAAGUUGCCGAAUUACCAGACCUUGGAGAAAUUCCUGAAGUUGAAGAUUCCCCGCCACCUCUGCCUGAAGAUGAGGAGCAAGAGCUUGACGACGAAGAUGAUGAAGACGAAGAUGAAGAGGACGAUGAUGACUCGGAUGACGAUCGCCCGCGGCGGAACCGAAAGAAGAGCAGGAGGUCAUCUGCAACCGUGAAGCGCGAUGGCAAGGGAGAAGAUGGUGGAAGGGACGACCCCGAAUAUCAAAAGAAGCGUGGCCGUCCACCAAAGGUUCACACCCCCAUGGAGGCACGAAUCAACUCUGUUUUGAAGGGUUUACGGAAAUUCAAACAUUCUGGCAGCGGGGACCUCAAGAUCCUCCCCUUUGAGAGGUUGCCGGACAAAUCCCAGAUGCCAGAGUACUACCAGGAGAUCAAGAACCCCAUUGCGAUGGAUUUAAUCAAGAAGAAGGCGAAGAGGAAGAAGUAUCACUCUGUGGACCAGGCGCUGAAAGAUUUGGAACUCAUGUUUGAGAACGCCAAAAUUUACAAUGUGGAGGACAGCCAGGUUUAUAAGGAUGCUGUUGAUCUCCAGAAGGAAGCUAGAAUUCUGGCGGAGCAGGAGAAGCAGAAGCCUGAUAGCGAUUUCGUCGACGAUGAUGGUCGGCUUCCAGUACCUGAAAUUCUCUACAACAAUGAGCUAUGGAAAGUAGGAGACUGGAUUCAUCUGGCGAACCCCAACGACGUAACUAAGCCGAUUGUGGCCCAAAUUUAUCGCACCUGGCAAGACCCCAAAGGAGAGAAGUGGAUCAACGCCUGCUGGUACUACCGGCCCGAGCAAACAGUUCAUCGCUUUGAAAAACACUUUUUCGAGAAUGAAGUCGUCAAGACUGGGCAGUACCGAGACCACAAAAUUGAAGAGGUUGUUGAUCGUUGCUUUGUGAUGUUCUUCACUCGGUUCAACAAAGGUCGACCCAGGGGAUUUCCACUGGAUAAGGAAGUCUAUGUCUGCGAAGCACGGUACAAUGAAGAGAAGUUCAAGCUGAACAAGAUCAAGACAUGGGCCAGUUGUGUUCCAGAUGAAGUCAGAGACAAGGACUACGAAAUGGACCUAUUUGACGUUCCGAGGAAGAUGAAGAAGGUACCUAGUCCCAUUAAGCAUCUUCUCAGAGAGGAUGCCAAAGAUGACGACCCUCUUCCCAAACCCACAUGGGGUGCUCCGAAUGCGCCACCGAUCGUUGGCGCUGUUCACAGACGCCCUCGAGAGUCGAACGAAUCUCCACCCCCUGAGCCAACUCCAUCGCCCCCUCCUCCUUCGCCCGAACCGGUUCGCCGCCCAAUAACAAGCGACCGCCUGCAGUAUGAUAGAGCAGACUCGGCAAUGUCUGGAAAUGCCUCGAACCCUCCUCUUCCGUCGCCAUUGGCGAACCAGAGUAUACCUCAAACUCCCUACGGCCAGCAAUUCGUUCCGGCUCGGCCCUCAGCAUCCCCAGCUCCCAUGAACCAUCAAAACUCUUAUGGCUCACAUAGUUCGGUCUCUCACUCUAAUGUGUCUCAGACGCCUCAAUACCAGCCUCAGGGUCCCUAUCAGAAAAACUCUACUACGUCCACACCCAUAACGCAUCAACCAAAUCCUCUUGCCACUUACAACCAUUAUCAGGGCAGCAGCACUGCUGCACGACCAGCGGUACCAGUCUCUAGUCUACAUACUGCUCAUGCGAUAUAUCACCCACCACGACCGAUCGAAGUCUACACGCUACCUGAGAUGGCUCACAAUGCCAUUCCAGCUGAUAUCCGAGCUCAGUUCCACCAUGAUGAAUAUGGCAGAAUCAUCUUCUACACAACACCCCCGCUAGAUGUGAAUCCCAUCCCCCAGGAGAAGCAGGAUCUGGGCCACAGUCUCAGAUAUCUUGCCGACAAGGCCCGUCGCAAGGAGGAAGAUGAUAAGAAACGUAAGGCUCGGGCGGCUUGUUUGGAGAUCACUGCGGGAGAAAAUUUAAAGAAAAUUAAGACGAGCGCCGAGGAAAGAGGUAGCUCGAUAUUCUCUCGGAAGCUCGAGGCACUGAAUAAGUGGAACAGAGACAUGGAGAGGGGAACAGAUGACAUGUACAGGCAGUUGUAUGGUGACAACUGGAAGGAGGCUCGCGAUAUUGAUAUUGCCAACUUAGCUGUCCAACAAGAGCAGACAUUUGGGAAGGAACAGGAACUUGAUCUUAUUCGGAAGAAGCGUGAGGGAAAUAAGGAGGUUAAGAUUGAGGGAUUCAAGUGGAUUUGAUACCUCGUGCUAGGCUUGCGAGAUCUUGAUUUGCGAGAUCCUAAUUUGCUCUAUUUGUAAUGUACGUAUAUGGCUUCCUGGAAAUUUGGAGGGGCGUUGGGCGAGUCGACGGUCGCGGAUACCAAUAAGAUUUCUUGAAAGUUGCCAACGGCAAGUGCUAUGGUUUUCUUCGCUUCGCUAAGACACCGUUGUUGUUCCAAGUUGUAUUCUCGUCCUGCGGCAGAAGCAAGAGUUUUAUGCUCUGCGAUCUCCUUCGAAAGUCUUUCACAGAAUUGCUAAUAAAGCUAUCGAGCCUCCACAGCAAUUGCCCCCGGAGGGCCAGCAGAACGUCACCUCGUAGGAGCUUUAAUCGACACUGUCGACUGUUCAGCGUUUCAGGCGCUGAUGCUGCCCUGUGCUAAGAUAUGCCUCUUCUAGUCUUCCCCGGGUUCCUAGCUGUACUUAUCAUGACCAGUGGGCUUGGAUUGCUAUCUGCCUACGGAUAUGAAGCUCCCAGCCUCAAGAAUGCCAAUAGCUCGCACCAGAAGGCGGAGCGAUGUGCAAGACACCUUGUGCUGACAAGUUCACUAGGUCCGCACUUUUCUUUGGAGCAUCUUCACAAUUCCGUACUAGCUUUAAUUGGCAGAUGAUCAUUUGUUUAUUCUUCGAGUCGUUUCGGGCUCUGUGGAUAUGGCAGGAGCGUAUAGCUUGAGGUUACGGAGGAAGGUCUCGCUGGGGGAGAGAUAUUUACCGCUGUUCAUUGAUGGCUGUGCAAAUCUGUAUUUAAUAAUACAUCCGUGAGCAGAGAAGCGAGAUAAGUACGCGCAAGCCCGAUUUGGCUAAACCUGGAAAGAUAACACCUACGGAUCUUAGGUGUGAAGUGUGCUCUAGGCUUGAGGUCAGAGUUUAGUGCGUACUAUAACGCUUACCUUAUAAAAGGCCAAAGUUAUAUUAUAAUAAUAGUCUUAUCUAUUAAAAUAUUAAGUAAAGGUGAAUUAUAUAAAUAAGACGAAUAUUAUAAGACUAUAAGG